AUUGUUCUCUUCCCGCCAAAUAAUCUUGUAUCACCGGCAAUGGCACCGGCAACCGUAUCGGAGAGAGAAAAUCAUCACAUAGUGGAAGCAUUGAAUCUCCUUCGUAGCAGAAUCUGCGACACCGGUUUCAUCUUCAAAGAUUCUCCAGACGGAAACUACAGCAAGUUGAAAUUCAUGAUAUCAAGUUCAGUAGCGGAAGCAUGCAACAAUUCUAUUCUUCUCCUCGGUCCACGUGGCUCCGGGAAGCUUGCGGUUUUGGAUCUCGUUCUUCAAGAUUUGUUGAUUCAGUAUCCAGAUUCCAUUUCAGUGGUUAGGUUGAGUGGGCUUUUGCAUUGUGAUGAUAUCUCUGCAUUCAAGGAAAUUGCUAGACAGUUAUGCAUGGAACAUCAAUUGCUAUUCUCAAAAGCGGCAUCAUUUGAUGACAACUCCCAAUUUAUGGUAGCCGUGCUAAAGGAGUGCGGAUUAGCACAUAAAUCUGUAAUAUUUAUUUUGGAUGAGUUUGACCUUUUUGCUCAGGGUAAACAGCGGUUACUUUAUAGCUUGCUAGAUGCAAUGCAGUCAGUAUCAUCACAAGCGGUAGUAAUAGGCAUUAGUUGCCGCCUGGAUGCAGAUCAGCUAUUGGAGAAAAGAGUACGAUCUCGUUUUUCACACAGAAAGCUGCUGUUCAUACCACCUUCAAUAGAAGAUUCACAACGAUUAUUGGCGCAUAUGCUGACAUUGCCAAUAGAUUCAAGCCUUCCAUCUGAUUAUGCUGUUCAAUUUAAUAAAAAAGUUCAAAAUAUUAUAGAAGACAAAAAGUUUAAAGAAAUCUUCACUAACUAUUUGAAUUUUGACUCCUCUGUCAAACAUUUGUUGAGGUUCCUGUUCUAUGCAGUCUCUCAUAUGGAUUUGCAGACUGGGUUUCUGUCCAGGGAAAACUUUGAAACUGCGUAUGCAAGCAUCCAGAGACAGCCCAAACUAGAAUGUUUAAAAAAUUGUUCCAUAUUAGAACUAUAUAUUUUGGUAUGCAUGAAGAGAUUGGAAGUUAAAGAGAAAAGUUUAUGUAACUUCAAUGCAGUAAUGAAAGAGUAUAAAAGCAUACAUGAUUCUUUCCAGACGUCUGAUUACUAUGCCCGGAACGUCUGUUUAAGGGCAUUUGAACACCUUAUACACUGUGAACUAAUAUGUUUCACAGACAACCGAGGACAUAGUUUAUCCGUUGAAUUUCGUCCUGUAAAGCUCUUAAUUUCAUCCGCUGAACUGCACCAAGGACUAAAGGCUUAUCAUUCUUGCCCCGCUAUCCUUCAAAAAUUAGUAGAACGUGACGGCUAAACCCUUGAAGACCAUCUUAUUUUGCUGCAUCAGUUGGUCAUAUAUGUGGUAUGAUUCAAAAUUUUGAAAAGAUCGGCUUGAUAUGAAGACAGAUUUAUUUUGUUUUGUCAACACUUUUCCUUGAUUAUAAUUGAUGUACAUGGAAAUGUUUGAACAAUCAAAUUUCUGUAUGUGUAAUCCCUUAUGUAUUGGCAAGUUAUGCCAUCAAAGUAUUCAGCAAGCUACCUCUUAACAGUUUUCACUUGCACACACAAUGAAGUGUACAUCUAACUUUUUACAGAUGCAGUACAAUAA